AAGAAAAAGAAGAAGAAGAAGAGGAGGAGGAGGAAGCCCGUCGUUAGCUAGCUGUAAUGUCAAAUUGCUAACCAAUUCCUGAGACUUGUCAAAACAAAUGUGAAGAGUAAAGCCGAGGGGAGACACGGAUACCGCUGUCGGCGGGAUAUGCAGCGCUGUGAAAGGUAAUGAGCCGUAAAGCCACAGGGACUCGGCUCAGCGGCGCCCACAAACUGCGGCCACACUGGAACCACUGGCAGCCCAGCAGAGUUGACACGGUAUCAUCCAGUCAGGACGAAGUCCAGUCCAGAGAGCUUGGUUCAGCACCGCUGUAUGACCUGUUGCCCUCCAGGUGCCCUGAACAGCCAGCAGUGCAAAGUGAUGCCUACACUGUUGCAGAUGCUCAUCAGGAGGAGGGUGGAUAUGAAGUUGAUCAAGGUGUCGGUGAUACUACGUUUGGUUGGAAGUCGUUGGGGGAAGAGUUGAGGCCCAAUGACGUGACAACGGAUUUGACUUCUUUUCAGCAUGGAAUUCGUGCUUUAUCUUCUAAGGAAAUGAGGAAAUCGCAGGACAGAGGGAUGGCUCACUCAGAGGAGUCUCGACUGGCCAAUCUCCUGCGUCGAGUCUCCAGGGAGGAUGACCGGGACCGGAGGCUGGCCACCCUAAAACAGCUGAAGGAAUUUAUCAGCCAUGGAGAGAGCAAAGUGACCCUGGUCAAACAACUGGACACACUCCUCAGCACCUUGAAUGAUAUUUUGAAUGAGAGCAGUAAGCUGCUGUGGGAGUUGCGUCAGGAGGCAGCAGCCUGUUUAGGUCUGCUCUGCACCGUGCUCAGCUACGAGGCUGAACGCAUUUUCAAGUGGCUUUUUCUUAAGUUCAGCUCGAGUGGACGGGAUGAGGUCAAACUGCUGUACCUUAUGGCUGCGCAGCGAGCUUUGGAGGCUGCUGGAGAGAGGAAGGCCUUCUCUCAUAUCAUGCAGCUGGUGAUGAGCAACCUGCAGUCUAUUUUGGAGAAUGUGGACACACCAGACUUGCUUUGUCAGAGUGUGAAGUGCAUUCUCCAGGUGGCUCGCUGCUACCCGCAUGUCUUCAGCACCAACUUCAGAGACACAGUGGACAUUUUGGUGGGAUGGCACAUUGAUCACACACAGAAGCAGUCACUCACUCAGCAAGUUUCAGGUUGGUUACAGAGUCUGGAACAGUUCUGGGUGGCAGAUUUGACCUUCUCUACCACAUUGCUGGGGCAGUUUCUGGAAGAUAUGGAGGCAUAUGCAGAGGAUCUGAGUCAUGUGAUGUCAGGUGAGGUGUUGGAUGAAGACAUCCCUCCACCCUCAGUGUCACUGCCAAAAUUAGCAGCUCUGUUGAGGGUUUUCAGUACAGUGGUCCGCAGCAUUGGAGAGCGAUUCAGUCCUUUAAGAGGACCACCCAUCACUGAAGUCUACGUCACUGAUGUUCUAAACCGAGUUCUGGCCUGUGUGACAGCUGCAAAGCAAGUCCAGUUCUCAGAGGCGGUUCUGACAGCGGGGAAUGAGUGUGUGGGGGUGUUGCUGACCAGUGUGGAGCCCUGUGGUCAGCUGAUGGAAGCUAUCCUUGCUUAUGGCCUGGACCAACUACACUGCUGCCAAACCUGCGGCUCCGAUUACAGCCUAGCAGUGCUCUGUCUUCUCACACUGAUUGUUGAUCAGGUAAACACAAAGCUGCCAGUUUCUUUUGUUGACAAAUUGCUGGCCCCUGACUCCCAGCUUCUGAACCUACGCUUCCAUCCAGAAAAGGAGGUGAUGUCUGCUGUACAUGGUGUAUAUCAUGCACUGCUGAGCCUCAAAAACAUUCCCACACUGGAGGCAGCUUAUAAAAUGGUUUUAGGGGAGAUGGCAUGUGCUCUUUCCAGUCUGAUGGGGAGCUUAGAGUCUAGUGGUAAAAACCUGGCUGCUAAUGGCCCCUGUGCCAAUAUCCAGCACCCUGCUUUUGCUUCUUUAACCCUACCAGUGGAAAAGGCUGAGUUCAUCCUCCUCUUCAACCUCAGCACCCUUACCACCAUUGGAAACACCAAGAACUCUCUCAUUGGGAUGUGGGCGCUGUCUCCGACGGUCUUCACUCUUUUGAGUAACAAUCUGAUGCUGGUUCAUGCUGAGCUGGCUGUCUACUACCCCACCAUCCAGUAUGCUGUACUCUACUCCCUCUUUUCACACUGCACCAGACAUGAUCAUUUUAUCUCAUCCAGCUUGUCAUCAUCAUCCCCCUCUCUGUUUGACGGUGCUGUCAUUAGCACUGUUACCACGGCAACAAAGAAACAUUUUAGCACGUUGCUAAGCCUCCUGGGAAGUCUGCUGUCAAAGGAGCACCUUUCUCCUGAUGCCAGGAAGCUUCUGCUGACCUGGGCUCAGGAAAUCUCUUUGCUGAUGAUGAAAUCAGAAACCUACAGCCCUCUGUUCUCCCUGCCCUCCUUUAACAAGUUCUGCAGAGGCCUGCUGUAUAAUGCUUUGCAUGAAGAUCAAAGUAUUUGCCUUCAGACCUGCUACAGCUUACAAGCUCUGUCUACAUGUCUGUCCACAGAACUCCUGCAGAGGUGUGUGAAUGUGUGCAGAGUUCAGUUGGUCCACUCAGCAGUGAAGGUGAGGCAGGCAUAUGCCAAACUACUCAGGACUAUCCCCCUGGAUGUGGCUUUGAGUAACCACAGUCAGUCUGAGAUUAGAGAGAUCUCUCUGGCCAUUCGUCACCACAUGAGCUGCGCACCGAGCACCACUUUCCAUCCCCAGGACUUCAGUGAUCUCAUCAGCUUCAUCUUAUAUGGAGUCCUGCACCGAGGAGGCAAGGACCCAUGGUUGGAGCGUUUGUACUACAGCUGUCAGCGACUCGAGAAGCGAGAUGGUCAUGGAAACUCGGAUGGUAGCAGACCAGAUGUUGUGCCACAGGCCUUGCUGAAAACAGAGGUGGUGUUAUGGCAGUGGGCUGUUUGGGAGGCCGCCCAGUUCACCGUGUUGUCCAAACUCCGCACGCCACUGGGACGAGCUCAGGACACCUUCCAGACUAUUGAAGGGAUGAUCCGGAGCCUGGCUGCACACAGUCUGAAUCCAGAACAAGAUCUUGGAGCGUGGGCUGGAACUGGAAGUGAUGGAGAUGGUCACCACUCCAAUCAGCUCCGCCUCACUCUGCUGCUUCAGUACCUAGAAAACUUGGAGAAGCUCAUGUACAACGCCUAUGAAGGCUGCGCCAAUGCUCUCACUGCUCCACCGAAGGGCAUUAAGACUUUCUUCUACACGAACCGUCAGACCUGCCAGGAUUGGCUAACAAGGAUCCGCUUGGCUUUGAUGAGGGUCGGGCUUCUUUCAGGCCAGCCUGCAGUGACUGUCCGCCACGGCUUUGACCUUCUUACAGAGUUUAAAAACAGCAGCACACAGGCUCCAGAGCUUGAGGUUCCUCUUGCACUGCUGGUCGAGGCUCUGUGUGAGCUGCGUUGUCCUGAGGCCAUUCAGGGGCUCGCAGCCUGGAGCCUCCUCACUUCUGGGAAGAGUCUGGGCUGGUUGGCGUCCACUGCCCUGCAAGCUGAGGGACGGUUUGAGAAAGCAGCUCUGGAGUAUCAGGAUCAGCUGUCUGCAGUGACUGGGAUAGACUGUAGCAUCAAAAACUCAGACAACGGUUGUCUGCUGAAACUCUCCAACAGCACAAGCAGCCCCAAACACACCAGUAAUGGUGACAGCAGGAAAACUGUGCUGCUGAAGUCCACUGAGUGCUCCCCUGAGGUGGUCAACUUUCUGGCUAAUAAGGCCUGUCAGUGUUAUGUAGCACUUUCUGACUGGGCCUCAGUGAAGGAGUGGCAGACCACCAUCGGCACCCUCAAACAAAACUCCUCAAAUCCAGUCAACAUUAACCUGAGGACAGAUUUCAACUACAUCCAGGCUCUGAGCUGCUUCGAAGAAGGAGACCUGGAAGAGUGUGGGACUCAGCUGGAGCUCCUGCCUGGGGAGGACUACAGUUCAAUUUCUAGCAGCAAGGACAAGCUUGAUCUGAAGAGACUUCUGCCCUCCAUGAGUCCUGAUCCAACAGAGCUGCAGAGAGCCAUUGAGGUGCAGCUCCUUCGCAGUGCCGUCAGUGCCAUGGCUAAAGCCAGCCAACAGGAGGAGCAGAGGAACACAGAUACAUUGGUGCGAUGCCUGAAACAGACUGGGAGGAUCUGCCUGGGCCCUCUGCGUCUGUCCACCCUCACUCUGUCUGAUGCCCUGCCCACUCUGCCCACCAUGCAGCUCCACUGCACUGCCGCUAUGGAAAACACUCUCACAGGUCAAGAUGACUGUGUGAUUCCUCUUAGCAGUGAGGCCUUAAACACAUGUAAGCAACAAGAUGUUCAGCUGUUUCUCCAAGCCCUCAGAUACUCCAUGUUCCAGAGACAGCUGCUCCACAAGAUCAAAGGUUACUCUUCAUCCAUAAACGGCCAUCUUUUGGAGCUUUGUCUGACAGCUGCCAAAUUUUCCCGGAAAAAAGGCAACAUAGUUUUGGCCUCUCGCCUCCUCAGCCAGUGCUGCGAUGGGACACAGGAAGAGAAGCAACAGGAAGAUCUGUGCCAGGCUUUCAGGCAGCUCACCCUAGAGGGCACUCUGGGGGAGAAAUGGGGACCAGAGGUUCAGAUAGAAAAGGCCAAAGUCCUGAGAACAGCAGGUCAGUCCCUGACAGCCAUGGAGAUGUUAAGCAGGACUGCCCUGUCCUACUGCCACGUGGGAAAGAAUGAAGGAGCUGCCUGCCGCUCUCUGCUGACGCUCUGCAAGUGGUUGCUGGCUGACUGGAAGGACAUGACCCCUCAACUCAAACAGGUGGUAAAGAAGUCAGGAGCAGUAAAUUCAGGUGUUAUGAGCAACAUAUCACCUCUGAGCCGGAACAUCGCUGCCCUGCUGGAACUUCCUCUGGAGCAUCAGGGCAAUCCCCACAUCACUGCGGAGACUUCAGUAAAUGUGGGUGUUGGAGAGCCAGACUUUGUCUUGGGCCAGCUCUAUCAGCUCUCUACUAGCUUGGCACCAGAACUAGCCAAGUCCUGGGCAGCUCUGGCCAGCUGGGCUUAUCGCUGGGGCAGGAAGGUAGUGGACAACGCCAGCCAAGGGGAGGGAUUGCCUCUGCUUCCAGGAGAAAAGAAAGAGAUCGAGGAGCUGCUGCCAGCAACCACCAGUGAAGAAGACAAAAAUACAAUCUUCAGCAUUCUAGGACAGGCCAUGUGUCGGCCAACUGGUAUACAGGAUGAAGACAUGGCUCUACAGCAGGAUGAUGAUGAGGACGACAUGGUGGACGUAAUUUGGCGGCAGCUCACCAGCUCGUGCCCCUGGCUUGGGGAGGCGGGCCAGCACGUCACAGAUGGUCUGAUCCGGGUUUGGAGACGAGUGGUGGAUCGGAUCUUUGGUCUGUACCGUGUCUCCUGCCAUGCCUACUUUACCUUCCUCAAACUUAAUGCAGGACAGGUCCCAGUUGACGAGGAUGACCCUAAACUCCUGCUGUCCUGUCACAACAGCAAACAGAGCAAUGAUGAUGUGAUCGUCAUGGCAACUCUGCGUCUCCUCCGGCUCCUGGUGAAGCAUGCCGGUGAACUCAGAGAAGGCCUCGAGUUUGGCUUGGCUUCAACUCCUACUGCACCCUGGAGACGCAUCAUCCCCCAGCUGUUCUCACGUCUCAACCAUCCCGAGGCUUACAUCAGACAGAGUAUUUGCAGCCUGCUGUGUCGAGUGGCCCAAGAUUCCCCACAUCUGAUCCUCUACCCAGCCAUUGUAGGGUCUCUCUCUCUGGGAGGGGAGACUCAGAACGCAGGAAGCAAGUUGCCUCCAGCUCUGCCUGCAUUCUUGGGUAGCAUGCAGGGAGAGGACCUUAGUGAAGAGAAAGAGGAGGAGGAGCAGCAGCUGCAGGGUGCUGAACAAGGAGGAGUCGCAGAAGAGAUGGUCACUUGCUCCAGUCAAGACCAAGCCAUGAUGCAGGACUGCUACAGCAAGAUUGUAGAGAAACUGUCUGUAGCCAACCCAACUAUGGUGCUUCAGGUCCAGCAGCUGGUGGGAGAACUGCGCAGAGUGACUUUACUUUGGGAUGAACUUUGGCUUGGUGUGUUACAACAACAACAACAUAUGCAUGUCCAGCGUAGAAUCCAGCAGCUGGAGGACGAGGUCAAGAGAGUGCAAAACAACAACACACUGCGCAGGGAUGAAAAGAUAGCCAUCAUGCGUGAGAAACACUCUGCUUUGAUGCGCCCUGUGGUUUUUGCCCUGGAUCACGUGUGCAGCAUCACAGCAGCUUCAGCAGAAACUCCACAUGAGACCUGGUUCCAGCAGACCUACGGUGAUGCCAUCACCUCUGCUCUGGAGCGUCUCAAGAACCCAGCCAACCCUGCUAACCCGGCUAGUAGUUGGCUUCCUUUCAAACAGAUAAUGAUGAGUCUGCAGCAGCGAGCUCAGAAGCGAGCCAGCUACCUGCUCCACCUGGAUGAGAUCAGUCCUCGACUGGUCUCCAUGACAACAACACAGAUGGCCCUGCCUGGCGAAGCGUCUGCGUCUGAUGCUGUCACUAUACAAAGUGUGGGCAAAACCAUCACCAUCCUGCCCACUAAGACCAAGCCAAAGAAGCUCUUCUUUCUGGGUUCAGAUGGCCGCAACUACCCAUAUCUUUUUAAAGGGCUGGAGGAUUUGCAUUUGGAUGAGCGCAUCAUGCAGUUCUUGUCAAUCGUGAACACCAUGUUUACCAAGGUCAACCAGCAGGAGCAGCCACGUUUCCACGCCCGCCACUACUCCGUCACCCCUCUUGGAACCCGUUCAGGACUAAUCCAGUGGGUGGACGGUGCCACUCCACUUUUUGGCCUCUACAAGCGCUGGCAGCAAAGGGAAGCAGUGCUGCAGACUCAAAAGGCCCAAGAGUCCUUCCCACAGCAGCCUGUGCCUCCGGUACCUCGCCCCAGUGAGCUCUACUACAGCCGCAUCGGGCCUGCUCUGAAGGCAGUGGGUCUAAGUUUAGAUGUGACCCGACGAGACUGGCCUCUCAAUGUUAUGAAAGAUGUCCUGAAAGAGUUGAUGGAGGCUACUCCCUCCAACCUGCUAGCAAAGGAGCUCUGGUGUUCCUGCACCACACCCAGCGAGUGGUGGAGAGUCACUCAGUCAUACGCCAGAUCCACUGCAGUCAUGUCCAUGGUGGGCUACAUUAUCGGCCUUGGUGAUCGUCACCUGGACAAUGUGUUGAUUGACAUGACAACUGGAGAGGUGGUGCACAUCGACUACAAUGUGUGCUUUGAAAAAGGAAAGAGUCUACGUGUGCCAGAAAAAGUCCCGUUCAGGAUGACCCACAACAUUGAGACUGCACUGGGAGUCACUGGAGUAGAGGGCAUCUUCAGGCUGUCCUGUGAACAGGUUGUUCAGAUAAUGCGACGAGGCAGAGAGACCCUGCUCACCUUGCUGGAGGCCUUUGUCUAUGAUCCUUUGGUGGACUGGACUGCAGGGGGAGAGGUGGGCUUUGCUGGUGCAGUGUAUGGAGGAGGGGGUCAACAGGCUGAUAGUAAAAAGAGCAAGAGAGAAAUGGAGAGGGACAUCACACGCUCUCUGUUUUCCUCAAGGGUGGCUGAGAUCAAGGUAAACUGGUUUAAAAAUCGAGAUGAAAUGCUGGCAGUCCUUCCCCAAGUGGAAGAGGCUGUGGAAGAGUACUUGGUCCUUCAGGACUUGCUCUGCCAGGGGGAGAAACUACAAGUCAAACUCCAGGAGGAGAUGGAAUUCUUGGAGGGUGCAGAGAACCAUCCAGACCACGUCAUCCUUACUCUGGAACAAAGGUACUCUGAACACACCCAGCUGCAGUCACAGCAGCGGACUGUGCAGGAGGCCAUUCGGGGAAAGCUGACUGACUUGGAGCAAUGGGUCAGUCAAUACCAGGCAGCAUUUUCCAGUUUGGAGGCCACACAGCUCGCAAGCCUUCUGCAAGACAUCAGCGCUCCAAUAGAUCUUGGUCCUCCGAGCUAUGUGCCAGCUACUGCCUUCCUGCAGAAUGCAGGUCAGGCCCACCUGAUCAGCCAAUGUGAAAGUCUGGAGGCGGAGCUGAGCUCAUUGCUGCAGCAGCGCUGGGCGGCCCUUCGCAGUUGCCUGGAGCAGCUGCACAGCUACGCCACAGUGGCUUUGAUGUACCCCCGAGCUACCCUGCUUUUCCACAGAGUCCACCAGUGGAAGGCCUGGUUGGAGGAACUGCUGAGGGAUAUGACUGUGGAGCACUGCCAGCACAUCUAUAGACAGUAUGAAGUGCUGUUUGCCCCUCAGCCCCCUGCAGCUGCCUGCCAGUUUCUGUCCAACGUGGAGCUGACUCUGCAGCAUCAAGUGGCUGAAACCAACGAGCGUAUGCUGCACCAGGCGGAGCGGCUGAAGGCGGAGGGCACCACUGUAGCAGCAUGUGAGGAGCAGCUGCAGGAGAUUGAAAACUGUAUCACAGUCUUUCUACGAGAGAAUGGAGAGCCAGGAUCUCUGAGCCUCGCUGCCAUCAUCACCUCUGCCCUCUGUUCCCUCUGCAGGCGUAAUCUGGUGAUGGAGGGGGCCGCAGCCAGUGCUGGAGAGCAGCUUGUAGACUUGACCUCUCGGGACGGGGCUUGGUUUUUGGAGGAGCUCUGCAGUAUGCUUGGAAAUGUCAGCGCUUUGGUCACGCUGUUUCAACGCUGCCCUCUUCUUUCUCAUGACUUGGAGUUGCCUUCACCGUCAGUGACCAUCCAGGCUAUUUACCUGGCCAGUGGUGUUUACACCUGUUUACAGGAGCUGAACACCAACUUCAGGCAGAUCAUCUUCCCCGAGGCACUGCGCUGUAUGAUUAAAGGAGAGCCCACUCUGAAGUCGAUGCUGGCCGAGCUGGAGCAGCUGGUGGAACACAGCUCUGAUGGGCAUGGCCUGCAAGGGUUGGCUGAUAAUCUGCAGGCCACCACAGACUUGGAUCAUGAUGGACACAACCACUACCUUCACAUCACCAGCAUGUUGCGUGCCCAGUACUCAGAGCUGAUCCAGCCUCACAGUCUAGAUGAAGAAGGCCAGGACACACCGAAGAUGUCAGCCGGUCAAAUGUUGCUGGUCGCCUUUGAUGGGAUGUUCACACAAUUAGAGACUGCCUUUGGACAACUCACAGAAAAGCUGAGCUCUUUGGAGGUGCCAUUGCCCUGGAGGAAAGUAGAUGUUCUGAGGGAGGCUCGGGCCACACAACUCAAUUUCUUUGACAGCCCAAAUCAGCGUCAGUUGAUGGAGGAGGUGUUUUUCCUAAAGAGACUACAAACUGUCAGGGAUUUCUUCAGGGUUUGUUCUUCCUUUGCUCAGACACUAACUGGGACUUGCCCUCCAGCUGAGGAUCUGCUACCAUUAAAUGGACCUGUUGGUUUAGGGAAGCCACUGUUUCGUCGACCCAGUACUACUGGAUCAGGUGUGGCAGUGAUCACUGAGGAGCAGAUGACCCGUCCCAUCAAGGCUUUCACAGCCGAGUUUGUUCGCCUGAUGCUGAUGGGUCUGCCGAGCCAAGCCAUCGGUCUGGCCCUCUGCAGCAGUCUUUCUGCCCUUGGUCUGGAUGUCGUGGCUCAGGUGGAGGCAAAAGACUUUGGUGCUGAGAUCAAGGUCUCUCUGGAUGAGCUAUGUAAGAAGGCGGUAGAGCAAAGCCUCGCUUCGGGCCGGGUCUCUCAGCUGUUGAUGAACAGAGCUACGGUGCUGGCCUCCUCCUAUGACACAGCCUGGAAAAAACUUGACCUGCUGAGGAGGUUGGACAUAAACCUGGAAGCUGCCAAGGCCAGUCUGCAGAGGAGCCAACUGCAUAUCUCUGUGUUUCAGUGGCAACAUGAGGAUGUUCUGGGCCCCAGUAAUCAACCUUUGGGUGUCAGUAUUCCUCCUCGCUCUGUGAUCCUCAGCAACAUGAAGAAGAAGCUGUACAAGCUGAGUCAGGAUGAAGGAGCCAUUGUUGCCAUUCAGGAGAAGCUGGCAUCUCUGGAGUCCAGCAUCGAGCAGCGCCUCAAGUGGGCCGGUGGUGCCAACCCAGCACUGGCACCUGUCCUGCAGGACUUUGAGAUGACCAUCAGAGACAAGCGUGCCACGGUGGCUAGAGACAACCAGCGCACCAGCCAGGUGACCUUCUUGUGCUCCACGAUCCUUAAUUUUGAAAGCCUCCGGACCCGAUCCACCGAGGCUCUCAGCAUGGAUGCAGCCCUGUUUGAGCUGCUGAAACGCUGCCAGCAGACCUGCUCCUAUGCUGCCCAGUUCAGCAGCACGGUGUCUCCACUGGAGCUUCAACUUUUACACAGACUGGGCCCGGUGACAGACCUAUCAAUAGGCAGUCCUGACUGGCUGAGCUGCGCCCAGAGACAGCUGGAGGAGAAUCUGGGAAUGGAGCGGAGGAACCAGGAGGAGCAGGAGCAGCAGCUCGAGGCUUGUGGGGAAACGCUGCAGCUGCUUGUCGACUCCAUUAAGACUAUUCUCUCCAACCACAACCGUUUACUGGCCGAUGUCAAACACCUGCUUAGAGCAAUGGCAAAGGAUGAGGAGGCAGCACUAGCAGAUGGUGAAGAGGUGGCGUAUGAGGGCAGUGUACGGCACUACUUGUUGGAGUACAAAGCCUGGCAAGACAACGUCCAGCUGGUUUUAUUCACUGUGGUUCAAGCCAGUGGGCAGCAUCGCAACCAGGAUCAGCUGGAUCUUCUGGAAGAGAUCCCUGCUACCUUAAAGGAGCUGCACACCCAGAGCCUGAGUGUUUAUAAUGGUUUGGUGGGCUUUGCCUCCCCUCUGGUGACAGACAGAGAAGCUGAGUGCACCAGUCCUGUUUCUUCAGCUCAAACAAGCUUCGCAGCAGCUGUAAGAUGCAGUGGAGUGAAGACCCAGCCAGACUCCAUGUCCCAGAAUGCACGCAAAGUGGUGCCACGUAACUUGGGGACACCCACAGACACCCCACCGAGCACGCUGCUGAUGAACAGCAAAGGUCUCAACCCCAGUCCAAAGAAGGCCGUACGAGACCCCAAAACAGGACGAGCUGUCCAAGAGAGGAACUCAUAUGCAGUCAGUGUGUGGAAGAGGGUUAAAGCCAAGCUGGAAGGCAGAGACGUGGAUCCCAACAGAAGAAUGAGUGUCACAGAGCAGGUGGACGUUGUCAUUAAAGAGGCCACCAACAUGGACAACCUGGCCCAGUUAUAUGAGGGGUGGACAGCCUGGGUGUGAGCGCUACGCUGCUUCAUGUCUUUGGUCCAGCGAAGGCUUGGAGAUGCACCAGAGUCCUGCGGCGCUUGGGUGUGGGAAGAGCAGCACCGGGCCACCCAAGGAGGAGUCAAAGGGAGGCGGAUGCUUCGUCCGCCCUUCCGUACUCCCGGGCAACCAAACUGGGGCAGCGACCUCGUGGCAUCGCUGCAACCACACUCUCCCCCCCCAACAACCACCGGCAACCAGGCUAACACAGUGCUUAGUGGGCCUGCAGACCCACCUUCCUGAAUCAGGGUUUGGGUGGGUGGCAAAAAACCCCGGUGCCGGACGUGGGGAGAGGGGGGAAGGAGGGGAAAGUUCUCCUUGCCCUUCGACUUGGAAAUCCCUUCCCCCCUUACCUGCAUAGCUCGUCUUCAAGUUGUACCUAUAAACAUCACUGCCUCCGUCUGAGGGCGGGGUGGAGAGGUGAGCUGUUUUCCUCUGAAGGCGCCUUCAGGGAGGACUGUACCAGGGUCCAGUCUCAGAAGGACAGGACAUCAUGGGCACUCUUUCUUUUCACCUUUCGCUUCUGUGACGUGUGAUUCGGACGGCGGGCGUGUCUCUGAUGAGAACAAAGAAGGAACAGGAUUCUUCACGGACACUGAAACCUUAAAAAGUGCUUCGAUUAGAAAACGGUGACGAUGCGAAUGUUGUCAAAUUUGAACAGAUCAAAAAAAUAAAUAAAAAACCAGUAUAAUUCUUGUGCGUUUGUGGAUUCAACUGAAACAACACGUCACCUGAAAUAGUUUUGGAUGGCUCAUCGAUGAGAAUAAAAGCAGUCGUUACAAGAUGAGAACCUCUUAGUUUUUCCUUAAUUCUUAAUCUUUAGUCUGUGCUGUGCUUUGUAACUAUUUGUAGGAGUAGACUUCUUUUUCCCCCUUUUUUUCUUUUUUUUUCUUUUUUUCCUUUUUUUUGACUUGCCUGUUGCAUUUUAUGAAUCUUGACUAAUCUAGUUUUACAGUUUUAUUCUGAAACAUUCUGUUUGUGGUGAUGGUGAAACAUGUUAACUCCAAAGUUUUUAUUGAUAUUUGUUGGAUGCCAAAUAAACGUGAAACUGAGA